AUGAACCUUCUAUUCCCUCAGGUUGCCCACACCCCCUCCGGCAAGGACCUAGUUCACCCCGAAGAACCUGAACUUUGGACCACCGCACUCAAGGAUCUUAUCAAAGAAAAGCUCAACAACCGGUCCAGUGCUUCCUCAAUCAAGAGUUCUACCAAGACAAUGACCGACAAUGCCUCCAUACAUUCUGUCGUGUCCACCGCAACGACUCUCAAGGGAACUGCGGACGGCAACAAGAAAAAGUGGUACUCUCUGAGCUCCAAAUCCAAGGCCUUGGUCUCGGAACCCAAGUGCAUCAAAGAUUCUGAUCGAGAGGCUGCCCGCAAGGCCGUGCACAAUGAAGCCGUUGCCAGCUACUUCAGCAUGCGCUAA